CGCGAAAACACAUGGUUACCAUCACUGAGCGAUCACUUGUUCGAUUCGAGCGGGAAUCACUCUUGACGCGUAGUAGAGUUUUCCAGCAUCAGCUUGAAAUGGGAAUAAACUGUCAUCAACUAGGAUUUUCAAACGAGAGGUAUUUUGCAACGGGGCAAGAUAAUCUGUGUUAAACUGAACCCGAAACCUAACACCGCCACUUAUUUGACUGCAGUAUUCUAACCGGAAGGGACAAGCAAGAGUAAUUAUUGUACUAAAGUGACUUGGCAGUUCCUUGUAGCAUGGAUCCUCAACGAAAAAGACUUCAGCACAAGGACACCUUGAACUGGAGGACUCCUCCAAGUAUUUCUCCGCCAAGUCCAUGCGGACCUUCCUCGCCUCAAUCGCCUCCACCACUGGUAGUAAGAGGCAAGAGUCUUUCGCUAAACAGGGUUGGCGCUCCCGCACUAUUACCAAUCCGCGAAACUCCGGCUAAGGAGUUAUCUAAAAGAGGCCGAAAACAAAGACUUUUGCUCUCCCAAGCAGGGAACCUCGCAUUGAAACGAAGAGAGACGUCUCCAGACUUUAAUAAACUUGAAGCUCGACUGAAACCGAAGCGAGGUGAGUUUGUGUUAUCAAGUGAUACGUCUCUUACUGAAAUUAUGCCUCCGAUCGAUUGCGUUCGCUUUACAGAAGCCCAAUACGAUCCAUCUUAACUCCAUUGUGGUGUUUCGACCGCGAGUUCAUUUAAAUAACCAUUCAGAUUUCCCAUAAUAGUGUGACGGCUGAUAUUUUGUGGUUGGGGUGUGAUAAAUUUACUCCAACAGGGCUUUAAACCAAUUUGAUCAUGCUCACUGUACCAUCGCAGCAACAGAGCGCCCUUCGGCGUGGUGAUUUCAUCUCGUCUCAUUUAUUUUGAAGUGAGCUUAAGCUUGUUCGGUAGUGAAUCUGUAUUGAGACUACAUGUACGAUAUAGGAUGUUGGCUUGUGUCAAGAUUAUCAAUCAAAGCAGCCCGGGCAUACGUGACUUGAUUCAUUGCGUGCUGCCGCUAUGGGAAUUGUUUUUAAUGAGAGAAUAAGAACUUCCCUUACACAAGAACGAGUCUAUUUGUACCUUUGCACCGGUCUCACUAUUAGCCUUGCUUUUCAAACACAAGUAUGCAUCAAAAUCCCUCUUCUGUUUCGUUCAUCGUUUACCUAACAAACAUAUUUUUCUUGAAAAUCGCUUUAUAUAUUGUCGCCGUAUUUAUUUGCGGCUCUUUGUUUUAUAUAAACAUUUCACUUGCACAGAGGGUCGAGGUCCAGGCUCAAUUGACGUUUACAAAAAUUUCUAUGUGUUUGCUACAGAUACACUAAUCUACCGGGCAAGCGACUCUUGAACAAAAACAAAUAUCUCUUUUGCGGCAUGGUUAUGUCAAGCCAAGUGAUUCGCGGCGUCUGUCCUUCGUGUUUCUAAGAACGAACCGCUCUUCAAGCUCCAGUGAUUCCAAAAUCCUCAGACACACAAAAUCAAAGGGUCAUGUUUUGAGUUACUACAAGAAAAUAAUCCCUUCAUGCUAUUGAAAAGUUCUUUCGAGGACCGUCUAUACUAAAACCAAUACAUGUGCACAUCGAUUGCUCUUUCUUUUCGAUAAUUCGCCAUUGAACAUGCAAAAUCAGUUUUAACCAUGUCAAAAAGCCAUUAAAAAUAAAAUAUCUCGUGACCAAACAACGGCAAUCAUCUUGUCAUGCAAAUCGCAAACAUCAUGAUAACAACAAAUCGCCUUCUGCGAGACAAAGUCUAACCAGGAGUAAAACAGACUGCGAAAAUGUUGUUUUGUGCAUUUUCCUAAAUGAAUCAUACUGAAGUGACUCAAAAGGCAAGCGGCUCACUAAGAUUGCUCACCGGGCAUUAAUAUAUAAUGCAACAAGUGUAUAGAGUCGGCAUCAUCACUAAGUGUCCACAACCACUUAACGUUUUGGAUAAAUGAACUCGGGUAGAUGUAAUAACACAACUGUAUAAGAUAUCAUCUUUAGAACAGGUCCAACCGAACAGCUCCAUUUAAGAUGUAAUAUCGAACUUGAAAGAAAUGCGCAUCUAAUCAAAAAUUAGCGACAUGAGUGUGGUAUGUAAAUGUUAGUGUGUAAUAUUGCCAAAGGGCAGCAAGUUUUCACUUAGUAUCUGACAAACUAAUGAAGGUCUUCUUAUUUUUUAUCUAUAAUGUCUCCACUACAAAGAUAUAGUAGAGAGAAAAUCGUGCCGUUCCGCUUUCAAGUCAGUUUUUUUUCCUUUUUCGAAAAAUUUACCCCCUUCGAGGUCAGACUUUAAUGCAAAUAACUUUGUAUUCAAAAUGUACAGCGAAAAACAUUUUCUGCUAAAAUAUAACUUAUUUUCUUUCACUUUUCCGGUGCCGACUGACCAAGGUUUUUAAGUAUGAUAAUGCGAUUUGUGGAAGACUGCAAAAGGUCACUUUUAUCGGAGUUCAAUAGAGUGUCUCACACAAACUGGCGCGCGUGCAGUGGUGCAUGGUUGGACAAUAAACAACACCACUAGGGAAUACUGCAGAGCAAACCAGACAUGUACGUCUUUUUAAACAACUGAUCAACGGUUCCAAAAAUAAAGCUUGUGCAUUUAAUACGCAUCGAUCAACAUUUUCCUGCUGUAAAAUCAACAUGCUACUUUAUUACACAAUACUGUAACCAACAAUUUUCAAAGGUAGACCUUUUCAAUCUUUUCAAUUUUUCUCUUCCAAUCUCACAAAAAUGAGCAACAAAACUUCAAAUUUAGUGCAAUAUUUUUAGACCUAGUGACAUUAAUGACAAAUUAUGGAAUUAAUCCAAAUGCUUGCAGCUUCUUAUUUUGUUGUUCUUUAAGAUUUUGCCAAACUUGGAAUGCUAUUGUUCUAAUGAUAUAAAAUCCACCUUUAGUAUCAGUUAACCACAAUCUCUUAACUGUUCUCAAUCCGACCUAAGAGCUGCCUAAGUAAUGAAAUAAUUGGUUACCACGAGAAACAGACCCAGCAACCAUAAAACGCUCCUCAAAGAGCUCAUGUUAUGAUGAUAUUAACUUAGAUGAAAAUCACGUCUCCUGAAAAAACCAACUACAUUUCAUUCAAGUGCUUUUUCCUAGAUAUUUGCUUGAAAAAAAGUGCCGCUUAUCACAGUUGUAAAUUUUAAAAGAUGAUCUAAGUUAAGAUUAAAUAUUAAAUAUAUUAAGGGGUUAACCAAGGGACCUUAUCUAAAGAUAAUCAUGAUCUACAUCUAAAGCCAAUUGCUUCAGUUUAAUUAGGGACAAAAUGUUUUUCAGUUCACUUUAUAGCGUAAUAAUUGAAUAGUAUUAGCCAUACAUUAAGGUUUCAAUUCAAACAACAUGGCAAGUAGAAAACAAGUUUUCAGGUCAACUAAUUAUUGACAAAGUGUGGGAAGAGUAACAUGCCUUACAUCAAUAACAGGUUUUUAGGUAACAGAAGCUUUGGUUAAAAAGAGUCAUGAGGUUAGCCAGACAGUCUGGCUGGAUAUGUUGUAAUGUUAGUUGUAUGGGUGUACAUGGUGAUAUUAAAUGUCUACUGCCAAGCUGCAAAAAUAUAACAUCUGGUGAUGAGCUUGACAUGUCUUACUUUGUCUCUGUUUUUCAGGUGACAUGAAAAGUGUAGAUUAGAUAGGUUUUGUUUCAUUUAGAUAUGUUAAAAUUAUUAGACUGCUGAGCUCUUAUUAAAAGUAUGGCUGAUGUUUUAUUUUAAAUUGAAAUAUACUUUAAAAGAGGAACACUGCCAGUUCUUCACUAUCAAACUAAGUAUAAGUACUUUAAGGAGCCGCUAUGUCAUAAUUCAGAGAAGUUACCAUAGUUGAUACAUGUCUGGCUUCAAUACAAGAAUUUAGAAGGGGUAUACUUUUAAUUUAUUUUGAUAUAGUACUACUAAAUGAGCAUAUCAUCAAUCAUAAACACUUAUUUGCAAAUUGACAACUAUUCUUUAAUUACUUGUGACUAGGUAAACUGCCAAUGAAUAAAAGGGGAUAAGUUAGUGGAGUGUCAGUGGGGGUACAAAAAGGUGAUUUGGUUUAUCAACUGAGUUGAUAAUGUAAAUUGGCCUCCAUAGAGAGUUUCUAGGGCUGGUGUUUUGAGCAUCAGCCCUUCAUAAGAGCACAGACACUCAAAAUGUCAGCUUUAGAAACCCUCUAUGGUGGACAAUUAACAUCAUCAACUCAGUUGUUGAAACAAAAUUACCUUAUAAGAUAAACUGUUGUGUACAGGUUAACUCAGGGUUUGCUUUUGCAUAUGACAGGUCCUCUGCCAAUGAGAAUGAGAGCAUUACCUCAGUCAUUCUGGCAGGAACCAAAGAACAUCCAGAACAGCUCACUGAGCACAGAAGGAACACUAUCAUCAUUACCACCACUAUUUCAUAAUGCCAACAAUACAAGUUAUGAUGUUAGUAAAGUAAGACCAGUGACUCCUCCAGAGGAGAAGUAUUUGCCACGACCCCCAAAGGAACCAAAACUUGUAAUAACUUCUCCACAAGAGCAGCUGUUAAAAUUAUUUGAGACAGUAGAGGAGGAUAAGACUAAGAAAUUUGUGAUCAGAAGAGGAAGGUGAGUGUUGAUCAUCAUUGUUACAUAACCUGUUGGUCUGCAUGCCUUUUAAGUUUAUGUGACCUUUGCAUGCUUGUAAUGUUGUUUUACAAACUAUCUUUUAGAUACACUUAUCUCAAGCAAGUCUUGCAACUGAUCAAGACAAGUAAUCAAAUACCUGGCUUAUAAGAGAACACACAACUAGUAUCUGAAAGUGCUUUUCUUCUGUUUGUUUUGUUUUCAGUAAAUGCAACCAUCACAAAAUCUUUUGGGUCCUGAACUACAAUUUAAGACUUCUGCUACAUGACUAUUGACAUUCAACAAGAAAAUUUGUUCCUUUGUUGGUAACUCUAAAACCAAAGUGAUCUUAGUUUGCAAAUUCUCUCAAUCCCUUUUUUCAUAAAUUAUCAAAAUUAAAGUUUGAAGAAUAUGCAAUAUUAAUGAAUCUGUUUAUCACCCUGUGGGGUGUUGAUGUUGCAUGGGGAAAAGUGAUUCAGCAACUUCAGUUCACCACAAACCCCUGCUUUGUUUUCUUUUGUGAUACAUAUUGGUUGCAGAUUAAGUACCUCAAUUAGUUUUAGCCUGAAUAUGAAAUGCCAGUUUAAAAUUUGACAAAUUUAGCCAAAGAAUUUGUGUUGUUAGGAAUUUGAGGUGAAAUCCUUAUUAAAAAAAACAGUAUAAAUCCAUUUUGUUGCUUUACAUUUUGCAUCUUUGUUUAGAUACAUCCUAUAAUUAUAGCCACAUACACUGUAUAGGCAAAUUUUGUUUACAGGCAAAUAUACAUCUUGUAGCAAAAAAUAUUAAGUACCUCUCCAACUCAUGAAUACAUUUCACAUACAGAUGUAACAAAUUCUGAGGCCUUUUUGAGCCUCUUGUCUUUUAGGUUCCUAACCAUUAUAUAUAUAUAUAUAUAUAUAUAUAUAUAUAUAUACUGUUGGUAAUACUUGAAACUUUGCAAGUGACCUUGCUAUCCAAUACUCAGCCACUUUUAUAUUGUCAAGUCAUGCAGUUGCUCACCAUAUCAUCAAUCAUGUGUGACUAACCAAGCUUUUGUGUGCUCAAUAAUUUGUAAAUUUCAAAACAGAUCUAGAUCAUUUUGUUCCAUGCAAACACAGUAUCUUAGCUACUUUUGUCCAUUGGUAAAAAUCAUAACAUUGGCUUAAUCCUGUUGUGAGCUACUUGUAAACUUAAGGUAAUUUAUUCCACUUCCAAUUUGGAGGCUGUGUUUGUUAGGCCUGUGUGUAUAAGAAUGAGUUCAUUGUUGGAUUGAUAUUGCACAAAGGAAAAAGUUUAUUCAUGAGAAGAUAUUGACAACAUAAGCAAAUUUUUCCGGCACUCCUUGCCCUAAAAUGGCAUGAAAAGGACAAGAAGCAAGCACUCGAUGAUUAAUUGAGACACUCCUCUACAAUAAUCAAAAUAAAAAUAUUUGACUUUAGAUCAAUAUCAUUAACAAAGAUGUUCACACUCAAAAUUAACAUAUGUUACAACUGAUCAAGUUUUUGCAGUAUUCCAUGUAAAUUAUGAAACUGACCUUUCUGGAUGUCCAUAAUCAUGAUGAAGACAUAAUGCUGACUAGGCGAAGUAAAUGACUCUAUGAAAAAAUAAGAGUGAAUAACUGAAAAACAAUCUUAUACAAUAUUGACAGCAUGUUAAAUCUCAUCACACAAGGAAGAAUCUAGAUAGAUGUUGACACAUGAACUUUCAUAACCUAUGUUUAAUGUUUUUUAAACUAAAACUAGUGUUCAAGAACUUAUUCUUCCUAGACAGCUCAUGGGAAAAAUUUACAAGGAAUGCAUCAGCCCUAGCAUGCUUCUCUGUUUCAACCAUGAAUAAGCAAUGGUUAAUUACAUGUUCACAUGUAUACUGUUUAUAUAUGAAAAUGUUUAGCACUGUCUACAACAACAACAAAAAAAGAACAACAGAAAACUAAGUUCUUUUGCAUUUACAUAUAUACAAUCUCAGGGUGAGCAGUUUGCAGUUUAAAAUAAAUUUCAGGUCAAAGUGACUUUUAAGUUACCUUGUGUUUUGUUUCCUUAAGGUAAGCCUUGUCACAAAGAAAAAUUUGCAUCAAAGUAUUUUAACAUCAUUUUCAAUUGAGUUUAUUUUGAGAAACAACAUUAAUUUGUAGUUGAAACUAUUGCCUCCAUUCUGAUGAUUUUUUAGCUACAUUAUUAUAUUCAUAGAACGUGCUACAUCUUUCUCUAUUGGACACUACAACAUUUAGCUUCAGAAACUCACACAACUGGGUGGCUGAGUCAUUUUUCUUAUUAACCAUUCAGUCACUUGUAUUGGUUGGUCUGUUGGCACAUUGUCUGCCUCAAAAAAAUUUUUGUGUUGAUCAUUUUUCAUAAAAUGGCUUUUGUGUGAAUUUAAUUUAAAAAGUAUUUUGUAGGUAGAUUAAGGAGAUUUAUCUCAAAGUACAUUUGACUGAAACAUCUUAUUUGUACAUAGUUUAGUUCAUAAAUGUUAAGAUCUAACUUUUUUGUCUUGCAGACCUAGAAGGGUACAAUCUGAUUUAACACCAUGCCAACUACCAAAAUUGGAAGAGGACCCAUGCAUGAUGACCAGCCUAGCAGAAAAGUUGUUUCCUCAGCUUUCCCUUGAAAACAACAAGCAAACACCAGGAGCCAACACAUCACUCUCUUGUGUGUCAGUCCAUGAUGGUGACAAGUCUGUGACACUACCUUCCUUAAAUGUUGAGCAGAAUUACUCUCAGAUGUUAUCUGAAAUUGUGGCUCACUUUUGAAAGUUGACAUGGAGAGUUAAGAGAGUGUUAAUCAAUUAAGAUCACAUUGAGGUCUGGAUUUGGAGCUCUUAGUUCAGCUCAGUAAGAAGUAAGGUACACUAGACUCUAAUACAAAAGGUUGACUGAUAGUAGAUACCUGAAGGGUCUUUUUACAGGGAUUCUAAUAGUUGUAACAAUAGAGAGAGUUAAAGGUGUGGUUUCACCGAGGGAUAGAUUCUGGAAAAUUUGGUUAAAUAAGAAGUGAUGGAAUUUUUGCUGUAUACAAAGAUGCUAUUUCCAUCAACAAAAUCCCUAUGUUUGUGUACCCAAAAGUUUUCACGUAGGCAAAUCUCUUGUUGUAUACAGGAAAGUGCUGGAGUUUCUGCAUCAAGUGAUGACAGGGACUGAACACAUGGUGUGCUUUUGUAACCAUGUUGAAUAUAACAAUAAAUAGAUUAAUUAAUAAAAUAGUAUAUUAAAUAAUACUUAGAUAAACUGGGACAAACGGUGACCUAUUUCUUUUAUGCAUUAAUUCAUAAAUUGCUGAACAUCAGGAUUCAACUUAUUUAUUUUUCUGGGAAAAAGACAGUGGUAGACUGUCCAUACACAGCAGCCAAAACCAAUAAUUCCUGAACAGUUGAAAAAUGAUGUCCAACAAAAUCUAAGUGGCAGGGUGCUUAACCAAAUGUAUAGAAAAAAUUUAGUUUUGCAAAUCUCUAAGAGGUCCCAAUCUCUUAAAUAAAAAUAUUUGAUAAGAAAUUACCCUUUUGUUAGAAAAAAAUAAUUUGUCUUAGCCAUAACGUAAAUAUUUCAAUCUAGUUGCAAAAAAUUCCAUCAUGUUCACUGGGAUUACAAGACCGGUACAUUCUGAAUUUAUAAUUUUGUAACACAACACAUAUCAACAAUAUCCCACAUUGCGCCAUGAAAAUAAACAAUUCAAGUGUUUGAAUUUUUUUUUGUUCAUAUCCGGUGGAUAUAUUUAUAGAUAAGCAUCAAGGAUGUUCUCUGAAAAUUAUGAGUGUUCUUCACUUCAUUUUGAAUAAAACAAAUAGUUAUUAGAUGACUACAUUUAUUUUUUACUAAAAUUGAUGCUUCUCAUGCUCUUACAACUGGUUUAAUGAGAACCAUUAUGUUGCACAAGAUAAAAGAAGUUCUAGAACACUCCCAAACAAAUAAAAUUUCUUCAGGUGGAGUAAAUUCUCUUAAGGUUAAGGUACAGCAGAACCCAGCUAACUGUAACUCCAAAGGGAAACAAAAAAUGGGUCCAGUUGGCUGGGGUUUGAGUUAACUGAUGAUAAAUGACUGAAAAAAAUCGGUUAGGGAAAUCUGAUCUUGUUCAGAUUACUGGGGGGUUUGAGUUAGCAGGGUUCCACUGUAAUCUUAUCAUCAAUUUAUCACUUAUUUUUUAAUAGGCGACUUCUGUCUUGUCACAGCCUGAGUGAUAAUUUUUGUUCUGUAGAACUAUGUCAUUAGAUUUAUUUAAAUAAUUUCUGCUCAAAGGGUAAAUGAAACGAAGUUAGUUAACAAUGCAAAUAUUACUAACUACUCCCUGUGGUGUAACAUGAUAUAUUGGGGUGGGAUAGAAGAGUGGGGUGACCAUAGAACAAGCUGUAUAUAUAAAUAUAAGAAAUACUACCAAAUAUGUUUGUAAAUAAAGAAAACUUAUUCACU